AUCGGUAACACACCGCACAUACACAAUACUAAUUUUUGUUUGUUAUGAUGUGGACUGAAACGUUUCAGUCAUUUAGCAGUUCAUUAUCCAAAAAUUAAGUGUUCGUGGUCAAUGUUAGUGAAAUAAGUAGUGAAAAUGAUUAGAAAUCGUGGAACAAAAGAUCGAUUGAAAAUCGUUCGACAGCUAGAUGCAUUCCCAAAAAUACCUGAAAAAUACAAAACCAGUUCGAAGAUAGGAGGAACACUUUCCGUGCUGAGUCGGGCACUCAUCAUCUUUCUGUUGUACAAAGAAGUGAUCUACUAUCUAGACAGUGAUUUAGUGUUUAAAUUUAAGCCGGACACAGAUAUGGAUUCCAAGUUAAAGAUACAUAUUGAUGUAACAGUAGCCACUCCGUGUCGAAGCAUAGGAGCUGAUAUAUUAGACUCGACAAAUCAGAAUGUCUUCUCAUUCGGUGUAUUGGAAGAAGACGAUACGUGGUGGGAUUUAUGUCCCGAGCAGAAAGCAUACUUUGAGUAUGUGCAACAUUUGAAUGAUUAUCUGCGAGAGGAAUACCACUCACUGACGCAUGUAAUCUUCAAGGAAAUCGUUUUCAAAGGAGAUCAUAACGUCGUGUACAGCCUCCCUCAACGAUCGAAUAAACCGAAUAGACCACAUGAUGCCUGCCGAAUUCACGGCACCCUGACGUUGAAUAAAGUAGCUGGAAAUUUCCACAUAACCGGCGGAAAAAGUCUUCACUUCCCGCAGGGACAUGUGCACAUCAGUGCCCUAUUUGACGAAACAACGCACAAUUUUACGCAUCGCAUCAAUCGAUUCAGUUUCGGCGAUGCUACAGCCGGUAUUGUUCAUCCGUUGGAAGGCGAUGAGAAAAUAUUGGGCGAGAGUUCAAUGAUGGCACAAUAUUUUAUCGAAGUCGUGCCGACGGAUAUCGAAACGUUUAUGUCGCGCAUAAAAACGUUUCAGUAUUCGGUGAAAGAGAACAUUCGACCCAUCGAUCAUGAUAAAGGAUCCCAUGGUGUGCCUGGUCUCUACUUCAAAUACGACGUUUCGGCGCUGAAAGUAAUUGUGGAACAGAACCGUGAGAAUAUUGUGCAAUUUUUAGUCCGACUGUGCUCAAUCACAGCUGGAAUUAUCGUGAUAUGCGGAAUUAUCAACACAAUUCUUCAAGAAAUUAGGGACAUUCUGCUGAAAUGGAUAUCACCCGAAACGUACACCAAGCUGGAAGAAUCUCAAAAAGCGAAACGAUUCAAUGCACCGGGUGUGGACACGGUCAAGGUGGUGACGAAACACGAACCGAUCAAAACGAGUAAUUUGCUGUUCAGCAACGCCCAUCUGAAUGCCGACGAUGUUCAGUACAAUUUUACGGUGAAACAAUAAAACUGCAAUGCUGGAUUGAUGGA